AUGACUGAAGUCGCUGUGAACGGCGCCGCCCCGGCCUUGGACCUCAAGGCCACCAAGGCCGCCUUGACGUCCUCCUCGACCUCGUCUAGGAUCGCUUCACUGCGAGCCGUCGACGACAAACUCUCUCAAAACGCCCUUGAUAAACAAAUACAAUUGCAGCUCCUCAAGCUCCUGUUUUGGACACACUCCUUCUACCGCGACCGCGCCUCGCGUCUGGCUGUGCAACAAUGCCUCGUAUCUAUCUGCAAGGAAGGGGACGCCGAUCUUUUGGAGCCUCUCGUGGCUGCCAUCCGACGAGAAAGCCCCAAGCCAGGCAUUGCGCCGAGCAACGCGUUCGUGCUCGUCGAAUGGUGCAGCAUACUGGUGCAGAAUCUGGCUGGCACGACUCUCUGGGAAAAGUUUGGCAAGGAUAUCACAGUGGCCACGGCUGAGGCUUUGGACAAGUGCUGCUCUCCUGCGUCGAAAGCUGGCGUCGCCCACUCGGCCCUUGUGGUGACCCGGCGUGGCUACCGCAAGCUGUUCACCGUGUCGGACAACCGAGAGAAGACGAUCACCGAGUCUGUCCAGUCGCUUUCCGCCAAGGCUGCCCAACCAACGCCCAAGAACGCAAUCAUGCUCGGCAUCAUAGCAGGAGUGUCCUCGCGGCAGCCCGAAUCAAAACCAAUACUGGAGAAGCUCAAAUCCGACUACUUCACCUUCUAUACGCGAGAGAUCGUUGGAUCCAAGUCUCCAGUCCCGAAAUAUCUCGCCGCUGGCCUGGGCGACUUCUUCUCUGAUUUCGUGACCCCCGAGGAGCUCGAGACGGAGGUGGUUGCGUCGCUGAAGAAAGGACUCUUACGGGCUCCCGAGGUUGUUCUCAACGAUCUCAUCACACCCUUGAUCUCAAGCCUCCCGAGCGAUUGGGAUUUGUCCAAUGUACUCCAUGGCCAUCUGCUCAAGCCCCUGCUGUCCAAUCUUCAAUCGUCCAACGCAGUCAUUCGCGCAGGCGCCGUCAACGCCUUCCGCGUGAUUGCGCAACGUUGCCGUGAUUCCGGUAUGCUGGGCAAGGCCGCCGACGAUAUCCUUGCGCCACUGAAGGCUGGCAAGCUUACUUCGCCUGACCACAGAGUCCUCCAUUGCGAAUUGCUGCUCUCAUUACCCGUCUCCGGAGCGAUUGCCGGUAAGGUUGUUGCCGCUUUGCCAACGCCGAUUGGAAAGGAAGGCAACGAGGCCGCCUUGAAUGCUGAGACGUCGGCUCUGAGCAGGGCGGUGAAGGCUCUCCUGACUGAGGACUCAGAGCUUCCCAAAGCUGUGACCGAUGCUUUCUCCAAAGGCCUCGCUGACAAGAAGCUGUCUUCACGACGCAUCUGGACCAUGAACGCUGGUGACAUCCUGGAAUCAUUCAAGUCAGAUGAAUUCCGAACACCAGCCUUCGUCAAAUUCGCCGAAUCAACUCUGCCUGCCCUCUUGGACAACUUCAAUGACGUGAUCGGAAAUCCUCUGAAAGCAUCGCAAGAUGGUACCAUCAUAGCGGCAUACGUUGUGUGUGCAGUCGCACCUCUCAUACUCAAGUAUGAGAGCAACCAGAAGUUGAACGCCUUGUCCAAGAAGUUUUCUGUCUCCAAACACUGCUUGGAGCUCCAGCCCAAGCCUUCUUUCCUCCUAAACCCUCGUGUCUACACUAAGAUCUCUUCCGAUGAUGAUGCGAGGUGGCUCCUCAGAGCGUUGUCAGCCGUUGCUCCGUCACUUCCUACUGGCAAUUCCUCGGCCGUCGGUUCUGCGUGGGCUCAUGCCUUCAUCUACCUCAUUUGCUCCACGACGGUUAGCCCUAAACUUCGGAAGGAAUCUGCGGACAAUCUCUCUGCCUUGUAUCUGAAUGCUCCAGACAAGAUAGCAGGCAUUGUUGUUGGCGGAGUCUGGUCCUGGAUUCAGGCUGUCGAAUCCGCCGACAAGGACAGCGCCCCAGUACUGGCAAAGAUUGACAAUGGCAACUUGCACACAACUCUUAGGUCGAUUUGCUUGGUACCGGCGGACCUCCAAAAAGGUUCUGUAGCUUUCAGUCAGGAACAGCUGGAGCAGCAAAUGUGCUCUAUGCUCGUCUUCACAAGAUCACGUCUCAUACCUCGCAUCUCAUGGAUCGAAGUAUGCCUGCGAACCGGGUUGGACCCGGGUGAGUUGGCGAAGAAACAUGAAAAGAUCUUACUAGACGAGAUCGUCAAACACUCCGACUUCUCCCAGCCGCUCUCUGUCAAGGAAGCUUCGUAUGACGCUGCCGCAGAACUUGCUUUCGUCGCACCAGAUACCAUAACGCCGCGUAUCGAAGAGUUGGUAAGGAGAGAUCUGGACGUAGCCAAGCUCGACGAUAUCGGCCCAAUGGAAGCCGCUAUCUUUCGCACCCCUGAGGGUACGGCAUUCGUCGAUGUCUUGGCCAAGAAGGCGAACGAGGUGCCCAACAAGAACCAGAAAGACUACGAUACUCUCAAAUGGGAAGAGGAAUUGAGGGCCCAAUUAGCGGCCAAGAAGGGCGUGCAAAAGAAGCUCACAGCAGAGGAGCAAGCAAAGGUCAACGCGCAGCUCAAGAAAGAGUCUCAAAUUCGACAGAGGGUCCAAGAGGCUGCUGCACAACUGCUGCGAGGCAUCGGUGUUAUUCGGGCUCUGGCCACCGGUCCGCCUACAGAUGCGUCUCUCUGGAUGGGCACAGCCGUGGAAUCGCUCUUAAAAGCGCUUGAUGCUGGUGCAGGUCUGAUUACCGGUGACGCUGCGCCACUAGCCUAUAUCGCGCUGGCUGAGAGGAUCUCGGACAGGCUGGGCUCCAUGCGACCGUUUGUUGGUGUUGCGACUUUAAGAGCUCAUGAAGUCAGCACGCUUCCCGAGAAUCUCACGCAGGAGAGCUUUGAGGACCUGGUCACUCGCGUACUGUACCGCCUACGGUUCGCCGGCGAGCAACGUCCAUUCGACACUGUGUCGCUUAUCUACAUCCUGCCAUUGGUCCUCUCUGUCAUUCGCAAGGGGGGUUUCGGCGCGUCAGUGGAUGACCGUGAUGCGCAACUAGUACUGGCCAUCGAGUUCAUACAAUUCCACACAGACGUCUGCGAAGACGUGACGGUGCCGCGAGCGGAACUGCUGUCUGCACUCAUCUUCUCGAUGCAGCAAUACGCGCAGCACUACAAGAUCGCCAAAGACUGUUUUGCGGACCUCGUGCGUUGCAUCGCCCCUAACAUCAGCCAUGACGAGCUUGGUGUACUCUGCCGAGGCGCCAUUGUUCCGCAAACAUCAGUGAGAACUACCGUCCUCCAAAGCAUCAGUGCCGAGGUGGAUAUGACCGAUCUUGGUUUCUCAGAAGAAAUCUGGCUGGCCUGUCACGAUGACAUCGACGAAAACAUAAACUUCGGAAAAGAAAUCUGGCAGGAAAGCGAAUAUGAAGUGUCGGCUGAAGUCCCAUUCAAGACGCUCCCAUAUGUAGAGAGCAAGGACGGGCAGCUUCGCCGGGCCGCUGCGAGAUCCCUAGCUGAGGCGGUCCACAUGCACCCAUCAACGAUGCAGGGAGUGCUCGAGCAGCUUCGGUCGUCUUAUGUCGAGUUGGCCAAGCCUAGGAAGCAGGAGCUAGAUGCAUUUGGCAUGCCCAAGAAAAUGGACUUGGCCGAUCCCUGGGAGGCUAGACACGGCAUCGCAGUCGCUUUCAAAGAGCUCGCGCCCUACCUGGAGAAAUCGAAGCUGGAUGACUUCUUCUCUUACCUGAUUGAGAAAGGCCCUCUUGGAGAUCGCAAUGCCACAGUCAGAAGCGAAAUGUUGGAGGCUGCGAACAACGCCAUCACUAUCCACGGAAAGACAAUCUUGGACAAGCUCAUGCGGACGUUUGAGCAAACGCUGGAGGUGCCAGACAGAGGCUCAGAAGCAGGCGACCGGGUGAAUGAGGCAGUGAUCAUUAUGUAUGGUACGCUUGCCCGUCAUCUGCAGCCAGGCGACAAAAAGAUCGCUACUGUCAUUGAACGACUAUUAGCCACGCUGAACACGCCGUCCGAGACUGUUCAAUAUGCUGUGGCUGAGUGUCUGCCGCCGCUUGUGCGAACUUGCGGCGACAAAUCGUCCAAGUACUUUGACCAAAUUCUUGAGACUCUCCUCACCUCCAAGAAGUACGCCGAACAACGUGGUGCGGCCUACGGUCUUGCUGGUCUGGUCCUUGGGCGAGGCAUAACUUCCUUGAAGGAUUACCGAAUCAUGAGCACUCUGAAGGGUGCAAGUGAGAAUAAGAAAGAAGUCACCCAGAGGGAGGCCGGGCUGCUGGCGUACGAGCUCUUGUCUACCAUUCUGGGGCGCUUAUUUGAGCCGUACGUUAUCCAGAUCGUGCCACAGCUGCUUACUGGCUUUGGCGAUGGCAACGCAAAUGUUCGUGAUGCAUCUUUGGCAGCGGCGAAAGCAUGCUUCGCUCAAUUGAGUUCCUAUGGUGUCAAAAAGAUCUUGCCCACUCUCCUAGACGGUCUCGAGGAAGACCAAUGGCGUAGCAAGAAGGGCGCUUGCGAUCUUCUCGGUGCCAUGGCCUAUCUAGACCCGGAGCAGCUGGCAAACAGCUUGCCUGAGAUCAUUCCACCACUCACUGCGGUUCUGAACGACAGUCACAAGGAGGUCCGUUCUGGUGCCAAGCAGAGUCUGAAGAGAUUCGGUGAAGUCAUCAACAAUCCAGAAGUCAAGAGUCUCGUCGACAUCCUCCUCAAGGCCCUGAGCGACCCUACCAAGUACACAGACGACGCCUUGGACUCGCUCAUCAAAGUCCAGUUCGUUCAUUAUCUGGACGCGCCAUCGCUGGCCCUCGUCAGCCGCAUAUUGCAGCGUGGUCUAGGAGACAGGUCCAACACAAAGCGCAAGGCAGCCCAGGUUAUCGGCAGCUUGGCCCAUCUCACCGAGAAGAAAGAUAUUCUUGCCCACCUGCCUGUCCUUGUCGCAGGUCUCAAGCUGGCUAUUGUCGACCCCGUACCAACAACCCGGGCCACUGCUUCGAGGGCCUUGGGGUCUCUCGUCGAGAAGCUUGGAGAGGACGCCUUGCCGGAUCUCAUUCCUCAGCUCAUGCAGACCCUCAAGUCCGACACAGGUGCCGGCGACCGUCUUGGUUCCGCGCAAGCCCUAUCCGAAGUUCUGGCUGGACUGGGAACAUCGAGGCUCGAAGAGACACUGCCCACAAUUCUGCAGAACGUCGAGUCUUCCAAGGCUGCCAUCCGCGAAGGAUUUAUGUCAUUGUUCAUCUUCUUGCCCGUGUGCUUUGGAAACAGCUUUGCCAACUACCUCGGCAAGAUCAUUCCACCUAUCUUAUCUGGUCUGGCAGAUGAAAUUGAGUCGAUCCGUGAAACGGCACUGCGUGCUGGUAGAUUGCUCGUCAAGAACUUUGCUGUUCGGGCUGUGGAUCUCCUGCUUCCCGAGCUCGAGCGCGGUCUGGCCGAUGACAGCUACAGGAUUCGUCUCAGCUCAGUCGAGCUUGUCGGAGACCUUCUCUUCAACCUUACUGGUAUCACUGGCAAGGAAGACGUGGAGGAUAUGGAGGAGGAGACCAUCCGCGAACACGGUGCGAAUCUCCGUGAGGUUCUCGGUGAAGAGAAGCGUAACAAAGUCCUAUCCGCGCUUUACAUCUGCCGCAAUGAUACAGCCGGCGCAGUCCGCUCCGCCGCCAUCAGCGUCUGGAAGGCCCUUGUUUCCAGCCCCAAGACCCUCAAGGAGCUGGUGCCGACUCUCACUCAGCUCAUCAUUCGCCGUCUUGGCAGCGCAAACAUGGAGCACCGUGUUAUUGCCAGUAACGCACUGGGAGAGCUUAUUCGCAGAGCUGGUGACGGUGUGCUCUCGAGCCUGCUGCCAACUCUCGAGGAGGGUCUCCAGAUCUCUACCGACACUGAUGCCAGACAAGGUAUCUGCCUCGCUCUAAAGGAACUGAUUGCAUCCGCGUCUCCAGAGGCUCUGGAGGACCACGAGAAGGUCCUUAUUUCUGUGGUCCGGACCGCACUCACCGACUCGGACGAGGACGUCCGGGAGGCUGCUGCCGAGGCCUUCGACUCGCUGCAGCAGAUUCUUGGAAAGCGUGCUGUCGACCAAGUCUUGCCUUUCUUGCUUAGCCUCCUUCGAUCCGAAGAGGAUGCGGACAAUGCGCUGCAAGCCCUUCUGACGCUCCUGACGGAAACGACUCGGUCCAACAUCAUUCUGCCGAACCUAAUCCCAACUCUCAUUGCGCCUCCAAUCUCAGCAUUCAACGCGAAGGCGUUGGCAUCUCUGUCCAAGGUGGCUGGCGCAGCCAUGAACCGCCGCCUGCCUGGCAUUAUCAACUCCCUCAUGGACAACAUCAUCAAUUCUACCGACGAUGAGCUACGUAAGGAUCUUGACAAGUCGUUCGACACUGUCAUUUUGUCGAUCGACGAGUAUGAUGGCUUGAACACGACUAUGAACGUUCUGCUGCAGCUCAUGAAGCACGAGGACCACCGCAAGCGAGCAUCCACUGGGCAACAUCUUGCAACUUUCUUCGCUCAAGCAGAUGUGGAUUACUCUCGCUACAACCAGGACAUCAUCCGUUCCCUACUCAUCUCCUUCGAUGACCGGGAUAAGGAAGUCGUCAAGGCCGCUUGGGGCGCGCUGAGCGAGUUCACUAAGCACCUCAAGAAAGAAGAGAUGGAGGCCUUGGUAUCAUCCACAAGACAGACUCUGCUCCAAGUCGGCGUUGCUGGCUCCAACCUGCCAGGUUUCGAGCUGCCAAAGGGUAUCAAUGCUAUUCUGCCGAUCUUCCUCCAAGGUCUCAUGAAUGGCACACCCGACCAGCGCACGACAGCUGCCCUUGCUAUCUCUGAUAUUGUUGACAGGACGAGUGAGGCCUCGCUCAAGCCCUUUGUCACACAGAUCACGGGUCCGCUCAUCCGUGUCGUCUCAGAGCGGUCUACUGACGUCAAGUCUGCAAUUCUCUUGGCCCUCAACAACUUGCUGGAGAAGAUGCCUACCGCGCUCAAGCCUUUCUUGCCUCAGCUCCAGCGUACAUUUGCCAAGUCUUUGGCUGAUACCUCUAGCGAGCUGCUGCGGACUCGUGCGGCAAAGGCCCUUGGUACUCUGAUCAAGUUCACGCCACGUGUCGAUCCCCUCGUCGCGGAGCUUGUCACUGGUUCCAAGACAUCCGACCCAGGUGUCAAGACUGCCAUGCUCAAGGCACUUUACGAGGUUGUCAGCAAGGCUGGCGCCAACAUGGGCGAGUCGUCACGAACAGCUGUUUUGGGUCUUAUUGACACGGAACCUGAUGAGCGAGACCACAACAUGACCAUCACCAACGCAAAGUUGCUUGGUGCACUGUUGAAGAAUGUCCCAGAGGAGGUAGCGCAGAGUCUGCUGAAGAGCCGGGCCAUGACAACCAACUUCAGCCACUCCUCCGUCCUGGCGCUCAACGCGGUGUUAUUGGAGUCACCGUCGCUGUUGCUGGACAGCCCACUAGCCGAGGACUUGCCCGAGCUGCUAACCCAGGGCAUGUCUCACAAGGAGCCCUUCAUCGCCGAGAACUUCAUCCUCGCAACCGGAAAGUACCUCCUGUCCGAUUCGCCAAAGUCUUUCGAAUCAACCAAGUCCAUCUUCGAAUCCCUUGCCGCCCUGAUCCCUCCCGGCGAAGCAGCCGACUCGCGACGCCUGUCGCUGGUUGUCGUCCGCACCGUCUCGCGCGCACACAUGGACAUGGUGCGGCCACACCUGGCGCUCCUUGCGCCGCCCGUGUUUGCCUCGGUGAGAGAUAUGGUCAUCCCGGUCAAGCUCGCGGCGGAGGCGGCCUUCGUGGGGCUGUUCAACGUGGUGGAGGAGGAGAGCAAGGUGUUCGACAAGUUCAUCGCUGGCGACGGCGCCUCCAACCUGCCACCCAACACGAAGCGAAGCAUGGGUGACUACUUCAAGCGCGUGGCGCUGAGGCUGGGCAGCCAGGCGAGGGAGAGGAGAGAGGCCGAGGGCGGUGUCUCUGGCACCCUGGGCCUGACAGGCGAUGAGGUGGAGGACGAGAAGGAGAUCUGGAGUGUGGGCAAGGUUGAUGUUGGUGGGGAUGUGUUUGGGAAGGAAUAG